AUGAUCGACAAAAUUGGUUACGGAGCUCUUCGAAGUCAGAAUCUCUACCUGCCUGGUGCUGUGACAGCAGCGUUCGCUGCCUACCUCACCUGGUCCGCCGUCAUGAGUCAGCCGAAAAGUGUCAUUCGAGGCCUCUCGGUGGAGAAACAGGCUAUCCAAUUCUUCAAUCUGCGUCUACACAGCAAUCGUAGCGCGUCGCAUAGGCUGGCACUGAAUCAGACGGGUUUGUUGAUGGACAAUAUCUGUCUGCCCGCCAUCCUGCAUCGGCCCUCGGCACUAGAUCACAUCUCCGACCUCUUCGCCGCUUUGGGCAUCAUUUUUGUCGUUGGUGGAUCCAUCUACUCGAGGUUUGAAGCCUUUUCGUGA